AUGGGAAAUGUAACCUCAAACGUAGCUGCAAAAUUUGCCUUUUUCCCACCUUACCCACCAACGUAUGAUGUUUUCAAAGACGAAGAUGAUUCAACAAAUGGGGAAACAAAGCUUGUUUUUACAGGAAUUACAUCAGAUAGAAACGUUGAUGUUCAUCUGCUUGAUACAAAGGGCGGGAAUAAAAUUGUUGCUACCUUCUGGAAACACCCUUUUGGGAGGUUCACCCUUUUGUACUCUCAUGGCAACGCUGCUGAUUUGGGUCAAAUGAAAGAGCUCUUUCUUGAGCUUAGAGCUCACCUCAGAGUCAAUAUUAUGAGUUAUGAUUAUUCAGGAUAUGGAGCCUCCACUGGCAAGCCAUCUGAAUUCAAUACAUACUAUGACAUAGAGGCUGUUUACAAUUGUUUAAAAAACAAUUAUGGAAUCAAGCAAGAAGACAUGAUCUUAUAUGGACAAUCGGUUGGGAGUGGGCCCACAUUACACCUGGCGUCCCGCCUACAAAAAUUAAGAGGUGUUGUUCUACAUAGCGCUAUUCUUUCGGGAAUACGCGUUCUCUAUCCUGUCAAAAUGACAUUCUGGUUCGAUAUUUUUAAGAAUAUUGACAAAGUACAGAAAGUCAACUGCCCGGUUUUGGUCAUACAUGGUACAAAGGAUGAUAUUGUUGAUUUUUCACAUGGGAAAAGGUUAUGGGAACUUGCAAAAGACAAAUAUGAUCCAUUGUGGGUCCAAGGUGGAGGCCAUUCUAACCUUGAAAGUUUCCCUGAAUAUAUAAAACACAUGCGCAAGUUUAUAAACACAAUGGAGAAACUCUCCUCAAAGCAGAAUAAACAACGUGUUUCUUCAGCCCCAAAUAUCAAACAAGUCAAACACAACAGAUGUUUGAGAUUUGGGAGAAGAUGAUGAAAUGAUCAUGGAUAAUGAAAUCUUUCGUAUAUCUCUUUGAUUUGUGUUUUUAAAAAGAUCCGUGUGUUUUCGUGUUUAUGUUUGUGUAUUUGAUCACGAGUGUAAUUAGAUUCUUUAUGGAUAUGUUAGAUUUGUUGUUAUGGCAAUGAAAAUUUUAAAUUUUGAAAGCAAGAUUGGAAAUGAAUCAAGAAUGUGAUGUUUUGAUAAAAUUUAAAACGGG